AAUUUAGUUGUGGGCUCGAGUUCGAGCCUUCUAUUUCUUAGAGUCGGGUAGAGCCCUUUUUUAUUUGGUCACAAUGAAGUAUUUCGGCUGUAUUUUGAUAUUUGUUUUACUGUUGGCAAUCGACACAAACCCAACCGAGGCUGUCUGUGGCUAUGAGUCUUGUCCCGAAACAAAACCCAACAUGGUCAACAUCCACCUGGUGCCACACUCCCACGACGAUGCUGGCUGGCUGAAGACCGUGGAUCAGUACUACUAUGGCCACAAGAACAGCAUCCAGCAUGCUGGUGUCCAGUACAUCAUCGACACUGUCGUCUCGGAGCUGAUCAAGGAUCCCAAGCGUCGCUUCAUCCAGGUGGAGACUUCGUUCUUUGCCAAAUGGUGGCAGGAACAGUCGGAGACUGUCAAGCAGGUGGUCAAGAAAUUGGUGAACGAAGGUCGUCUGCAGUUCACUGGCGGAGCUUGGAGCAUGAACGACGAGGCGGCAGUCAACUAUCAGAGUGUAAUCGAUCAGUUUACGGUGGGAUUGAAGUUCCUUGAUGAGACCUUCGGCGCCUGUGCCCGUCCCCGCGUGGGCUGGCAGAUCGAUCCCUUUGGGCAUAGUCGCGAGCAGGCCUCACUGUACGCACAGAUGGGCUACGAUGGCGAGUUCUUCUCCCGCAUGGAUCACAACGAUAAGGCCAAGCGCAUGGAGGACCUCUCACUGGAAAUGAUUUGGGAUGCCAGCGAGUCCUUGGGCGAUGUGAAGCUCUUCACCGGUCUGCUCUACAGCCACUACUGGGAGACUCCCGGCUUCUGCUUCGACGUGCACUGCAAUGACGAUCCCAUCAUCGACGGAGACAGCUACGACAACAACGUCAAGUCGCGCGUGGAUGACUUCAUCGCCUAUGCGGCCAAGGUCGCGGCAAAGUUCCGCACGACCCACAUCAUGGUACCCUUGGGUGGGGACUUCCAGUACGAAGAUGCGCAAGUUAACUACAAGAACAUGGACAAGCUGAUCAAAUAUGUCAACCAACGCCAAGCCACUGGAUCCCACUACAAUAUCUUUUACUCCACGCCCGCCUGCUACCUGAACUCUGUGCAUCAAGGCCAACAGUCGUACCCCAACAAAACCCUGGACUUCUUCCCCUACGCCAGUGACUCCAACAGCUUCUGGACAGGAUACUACACCUCCAGACCCACCCAGAAACGAUUCGAGCGGGACGGAAACCACAUACUCCAGACAGCCAAACAGCUCAGUGUCUUCGCGGGACUCUCGAGCGAGCAGCAGAAGGAGGAUCUGAACUACCUCCGCCAGAUAAUGGGAGUGAUGCAGCACCACGAUGCCAUCACCGGAACGGAGAAGCAGGCGGUGUCCAACGACUACGAUCGCCUGCUCUACGACGGCAUCAUAGGAGGCGCCAGCAAUGCCCGGGAUGCCCUGCGAGUGCUGACCAACCUGCCGGAGGGGGAGUUCGAGAGCUGCCUGCAGCUGAACAUCAGCGAGUGCGCCUUCACCAAGGACGGUGCGGACAAUGUGGUGGUGACCCUGUUUAACCCAUUGGCCCACACCUCCUCCCAGUAUGUGCGAGUGCCCGUGAAGGAGGAGAGCUACCAGGUGACCGACGAGAAGGGACGCGUGGUGGCCUCUGAGGUAGUUCCAGUGGCCUGGCAGGUGCUGGCUCUGGAAUACCGCCAGAACAACACUCAGCACGAGCUCGUGUUCCAGGCAUCCGUGAACAAGAUCGCCAGCUACUACAUCAAGAAGGUCGUAAAGGCAGAAAGCAAUGAAAUUGUCCUGCCCAAGCCUGCCAAAAAGUCUGUGAAGCAAAACGAAGGGGACUUGGAGGUUCCCAAGCGGUUCAAGAAGGUCCAUUCGAUGAAGAAGGUUGAAACCCACGCCGAUGAAGAUGAUUCCGAAACUGUGGUGCAGACGUCGCAGAUCAAACUGGUGAUCGACAAUAAUACGGGUCGCUUGAAGACCAUUGAAAUGAACGGAGUCAAGGAGAACAUUGAACAGAACUUUGGAGUGUACGAAACUACGACCUCUGGUGCAUACGUGUUCCGUGAGGUAGAGUCUACGGAGAUACAUCCCUUGAAAACAGACGUUGAGUUCACAGUAUACAAUGGAUCUUUGGUGAAGGAAGUGCACCAGCAGUUCAGCGAUUGGAUCUCCCAGGUCAUUCGCAUCUACGAGGGUGUCAACCGGGUGGAGUUCGAGUGGCUGGUCGGACCUAUUCCAACUGACGAGGAUACUGGAAGGGAAAUCGUCACAAUCUUCUCGAGUGACAUAUCCUCGAAUGGCGUCUUCUACACUGACUCCAAUGGCCGCGAGAUGAUUGUACGAGCAAAGGACAAGCGCGAAGAUUUCACACCCGACUUGGGCAAGCAGCCAACCAGUGGAAAUUAUUACCCAGUCGUCUCCCGCAUUGCCCUGGAGGACAAAAGCAACCGAAUGGCACUGCUCAACGAUCGUGCCCAGGGUGGAACCAGCAUGCAGGAUGGACAGCUGGAGCUCAUGCUGCAUCGUCGUCUCAUUCGGGACGAUGGCUAUGGAGUGAGUGAAGUCCUGAACGAGCAGAAGUACGACAAACCCCUCAUUGCACGUGGAAAGGUCUACCUGAUCCUCAACUCUGUGGAGGAAUCGACGAAGGUGGAGCGUGUGGCCGAGAAGGAGAUUCUUCUUCCCUUCUCCGUUUUCUUCAGCAAGGCAAGCAGUCAGAGCAGCAGCGCUGUGGCCAAGACGGUACCCAGCUUCGACGACUUCCCCCAGUCGGUGCAUCUCCUCACCCUGGAGCCCUUCACCGAUGACGAGAUCCUGCUGCGCGUGGAGAACUUCCUGGAUCACAUCGAGGGCAAGGUGGUUAGCUUCAAUAUUCGCCCGAUCUUCGAUAGCUUGGGCGGUGUGGAGAUCCGCGAGACCACAUUGGAUGGCAACCUGCCACUGAGCGAGAUGAAGCGCUUUAAGUUCCAUGCGGAAGGAUCCGGUGCGUUGUCAACAGAGCCCGAGUACUACACAUCUGCGCACAGGCCACUGGCUGCCAACAGUUCUCUGGAGGCCUCCGAGUUCAGCGUUACCCUGAACCCAAUGCAAAUUCGUACAUUUAUAAUCAAAAAAUAUUAAAUUAAUAGAGUAAUAGCUUGGAAAUAAAUAGAUAAAU